AUGGAUCUCCCAGGUAUAAGCAAAUUACAAGGACAAAUGCUGCUCUUCAAAGAUGCACCGGAUCUACAAGCCGCUCGCUGUAUGCCGAUAGUGGAGACGUCAGACGCCAAAGUGAUUGUGGACGUGAAAACGGGCGUGAUUCAAUCAUACGAGAUCAUCAGUUCUGUCGGCCCUGCAAAAUCAGCCUGGUCCGAAGUGUUUGUCCGACACGCGCUGACCCAUGGCAACGCAACGCAGCAAUAUGAUGAAGAAUACCGAGGGCCGUUGAACAUCACCACGAGUUAUGGAAUCUUAUUCAUGGGAUCCAUGUUAAAAGCCGCUGACUCUUAUUUCGGCGGUCCGCUGGGGACGUCACCCACGGAAGACCCCAGCGAUAAUGCCUUUGUCAUGCGCGACCCUGAAACCGGUAUGAACAUGGACCUGAUGACAUACAGCAUGUACAGCCUCGCCAACAAGAAUCCGCGGGCUUUGCUCGACUACGCAACCCUUGUUACCCACGCAAACCAUACCUUCCAAACGUUCUUCCAACACUUCAUCAGCAAUGGUCUAUCGUUAGAGCAAGGCGGUUGGGGGUAUCAAAAAAUCGGCGACAACAGUACACAAGCAUUAGGAGAGCCAGUGACACGGGAUGGUAGGGUUCUUCCGCGACGCAAGUACGAAGGUCUCCGCACCAACCGAACAGUUGAGGCAUUGGUAUCCCACCGAACCCAGGUUCUUCAUAUGAAUGCAAUCGCUACAUAUCUAUCGGUGGCAAUCAUCAUCUGGCUUAUAGGCACUACAGCCGUGGUCAGUUUUCUACAGCGAAAAUACACGGGUCCUUUGAUUCGCGACGUGCUACUCAUCGCCGACGUACUUGUACUUGUCGCAGGAAGCGAUCAUCUUCUGCGAUUAGUAGAAGAACGAGGUGUGGCACUCAAAAACGCGAAUGACGUCAAAACCAUGUUAGCGUGGUUCAAGGACAGAGACGGAGAGGUGCGUUGGGGUAUUGAGGUUGUUGGGGGCAGUGAUGCAGCAGAGUGGGUAGACGCCCCAAAGACCGGUUGGCAUGCGCAGGGUGGUUCGAGGCGGGGUUGGAUUCCAUGGAGAAAAGCGCAAUCGUAG